UGCCGCAGGGCAAGGUCAGGCGGUCUCUGAAAGCACUGGAAGGUAUAGUAAUAAGGAGCUAAAGUGGAGGCUUUGAUGAGGAGUUGGAGCAGGAAAAAGCAGCAGCCAGAUUACUGAGAAGGCAGAGUUGGAAGCGUGGUGCUAGGAAGAAAAGCCUAGUGAGCAGAAAACAAUAUUGAGGCUCCUUAGGAUCUGGCUCUGCUGCAGAGAGUGGAGUCUGCUCCAGAAGGGCAAACCAACCUCAGUCUGCCCUCAGCCAACCCCUGCCUCAGAACACAAGAAGAGCCUAUUAGAUCAGGCACAGGAUGCAGACUGCAGCCUUGGUGGGCAUAAUAUCCGCCCUGGCUCUGGCUCUGGCUGUUCCACUGAAGGAAGAUGGAAAGAAGACGGAGAAGCACAGACCUGCCACUUAUGACAGUCUGGAUUUAGGCAACUAUGACCUCAACCUGGACAACUAUGGAGAGGUCAUCGAUCUCAGUAACUAUGAAGAGAACUACGAUUAUGGGGACCUGGCAUCAAAGAUUGAGGUUGGCACCCUGCCUCCUCCUACCAAGAGCUUGCUGGGGCCUCUGAGCACAACAACUGGGGCAACUGAAAUUCCACAAAAGAGCCCACCCACAUCCACGGCUGCCAGGCCUCAGGGACCAGGCCUGUUUGGGUCCAUAACAGAUCAGGGUCUUCCCACCUGUUUGGUCUGUGUGUGCAUCAGCACCUCUGUGUACUGUGAUGACUCUGAUCUAGAACACAUCCCACCUCUGCCCUUGGAGACCACAUAUUUCUAUGCCCGCUUCAACCACAUCAGCAAGAUUCAGGCCAGUGACUUCACCGGACUUGCAAAAUUGAAACGAAUUGACCUCACGAGCAACUUUAUUUCCUGGGUGGAUGAAGACGCUUUCAGGAUGCUGCCUUCCUUGCAAGAGCUUGUCCUCCCUGAAAACCAAUUGACUUCCCUGCCUGAGUUGCCCAGUUCCAUUGUGCAGCUGGAUGCCCGUUUUAAUGCAAUCCAGAGUGCAGGCAUUCAACCGGAAGCCUUCAAGGAUCUGAAGAAGCUGGAGUUCCUUCAUCUGUCUGACAACAAACUGGACUACAUCCCCAUGCUGCUGCCUGAGAGACUGAGGUCUUUGCAUCUACAGAACAACAACAUCCAGACCAUGCACGUAGACACGUUCUGCGACAGCAGGGACCACAGCCACAUCCGCCGGGCUCUGGAGGACAUCCGCUUGGACGGCAACCCCAUCAACCUGAGCCUCUUCCCCAGUGCUUAUUUCUGCCUGCCUCGCCUGCCCACAGGCCGCUUCUACUGAAUGGAGCAGCAACCAUUCACCUCCGGUUGGCACCAUAAGCCUAAGGGGAACAGAUUUCAAGAGAAAGUGACCCUGGUAUUAAUUUCACUGCCAGGAAGAUAGUGAUGCUGCUGGACUGCUCCCUUGGACUGCCUCCUCUUUCUCCCUUUUUCAACUUACCGUAGUCCUUCUCAUUUACUUGAGUAUAUCUAGUGCUGGGCUGCAUAAGCACCAUUAAUCCUUGAUCUGCCAGUGCUGGGAAGAAGAAUCAAUGACUCUAGUGCUAUUUUUAAAAAAUUAAGCAUUCACUCAGUACAUCUUCUCCUUCUCCUUUAAUCCUAAUGUGCAACUGUCAAGAUACUUGCUAGAAAAGAUUGACAGAUCAAUUGAGGUUCCUUUUCUGAGACUCCACCUUGCAAUUUCCUUCCAUGAAGCAACGGCUCUGUGCAGCUUUUUGACUUGGUAUCCUAUUCUAAAGCAUCUUCUUCAAGAUUCACAACUAGUCCAGUUCUGGAUCCCUGGGUUGCUCUGUAGCUGACCUUCCAUUCUUGAUUCCCCACCACCACCAAACUCCCCCAGCCUGACACCACCACCUGCUGCUAUUGUAGUUUGGGGACUUUUUGCACUUUUGCAGAUGCCCCCUCUGGGUCCUGACCUUUCGACCCUCUUUAUUCUGGCAGAGUAUCUGCUGCAUAUUAAUUGUGCUGCACAAUAACACAGCCUUCUGUGCAAAUCAGGGCCUCUUGUGGAGGAUGCAGCUGGUGUGCUUCCAAGCCCACAUGUAGGCUUGGACCAACACACAGGAGAAUUUGUCUAAGGCUCAGAUAUUACAGAAUCAGCACAAUGUGGGAUGUCUUUGCGGGUCCCAGGCACUCCAUCCUUCGCUUCUGGAUUUGUGCAUGAAGGGUAAGUUGUAAGAAAGCACAGUUUGUAACAUUUCACAACAUCGUGGUUGAUGGAGGGGCCCAGUUGUUAAGGUGUCAACCUUGACUUCUAAUUUCCUGGUUUUGUUGAGUUUGAGUCAACUCAGGAAUUAAACCAGCAUAUAUAUUUUUAAUCCUUUAAUUUUCCUGGUUUUUGAAAAGCAAAUGUAUUGAAAUAUUAGGGUCUCUUAAACAUGAAAGUAGCUUUUUUGCAGGAAUGAUUUUUUUGAAUGUAAUUGUUAGUUCUCGUUGUAUGGCUGAAAAGGGGGGGUGGCUGUGGGAGCAGGAGGAGUUCUGUGGUUACAUGAGGUGUGUGGUAGUAAAGCAUGUAUUGUACGGUUGUGUUGCGUUGUGUGGUUAAGGGCUGUGUGAGUGAUUGCUGUGGAGGAUGAUUGCAAGGAAUGUGAUUGUGUGGAAUUUUGUCUUAUCAGAAGGCUGCAUUGUUGCAGUGGUGGGUGGGGCUACAUGGUAUGUCAUUGAUUGGUCAGUUGCAAAGUGUGUGUGGUGCUCACAAAAGUUUCUCAAGUUUCCAAAAGUGCCCUGGGCCCCCAAAACAUUGGUGCCUCCGUGUCACUAUUAUAUUCCAAAACUAAAGAAAUACUUAUUGCACAUGGAAUCCAUUAGGUGGCUCUCUCUUCAAACACUGUAAUCCUGGCAAAAUUCAUGCUUCAAAAUUCAAUUUGUACAAACACCACCUUAUUUCUCCAGUAGUUGCUGCCAUAGAUUUUAAUGCAGGAGGAAAAUAUUAGUAGCUUUUGAACCCCUGUUGCAUGCAUGAACACACACUCAAACUGGAUCAGGACCACAAUUGCCUAAAAGGUUAAAGCUGUCUCUAAGCCAUCUCCAGCUUUAAAAAACAACAGCUGCUUUUAAAGGCACAUAUAUGUUGUUCACAUAACAUGCAAUUUGGCCCUAAAUGUGUGAUAAUGGAGCAGGUCGUAAUUGCUUAGUGCUGUGAAGAAAACACUUGGCAUGUGCUCAGAUGCACUAUGUGGUUGUGGCAGGCUACAGUGGAGGGAGAGUUAAGAUCUGGUCCCAUUGUGGUCAGGCAAAGUGAUUAGGUCUAUUGGCUCCUCUUCUCCCUGAACUGCUUCUAUUCCAGCUGGAUUAUUGCAAGACUUCAAGAAUGGAUGCCUGAGUCUGCUUCUUUUCUGCCUCCUUUUACCCAUUUUUAUUGUGUCUUGUAGACUGAAAGCUUCUUAGCUUGUUUUUAAUUAUGUUAUCAACGUUGCUAUGGGAGGUUUUAAUAUGUUCUGGAGCCUUCUAAUUAAUGGUAUACGUGUGCAAUCGUUUGAUUAAAAUAAAAUACAAACUAAAGUGAAAAUUAA